GGCUCCUCAGUCUCCUCGCACCACUACCGCCGCCAUCAUGCUCCGUGCCUGUCUGCUGCUGGUGCUGCUGGGCUGGGCUUCGGCCCAGACGGUCGAGCUGGUCAGCCGCGAGUGCCUCGGCUGCAUGUGCGAAGCCUCCUCCAACUGCGAUGUUGGCUUUGGCUGCGUGGGCGACCUCUGCGGCCCGUUCAAGAUCACCAGGGGCUAUUUCCUCGACUCGGAGCUGCACAAGGAGCCGGCAUUCGCGUUCCAGACGUACGAGUCCUGCACGCGCGACCCCUUCUGCUCCGCGGCCGUCAUCCGCAAGUACAUGGCCAAGUAUCCGCGCGAUUGCAACAAGGACGGUCGCCGCACUUGCACCGACUUCGCCAUGCUGCACCAGACGGGGCCCGGCGGCUGCGACGCCAACCGUCUGGCCUCCCGGCAGACGGCCUACUGGAGGAAGCUGACCAGCUGCCUCGCCCUCUACCCCGGCGCGUGAGGGCGCCGCGGGCGGCGGCCGCGGCGGGCUGGGCGCGUGAGUUGUGGUGGGGUGAGGUGCGGAGGUGAUCGGAGCUGAGAGGUCGGGUCGCGGCGCGGUGACGCCUCGGUCGGGCCGCUCUGUGACCGAUAUCUGGUUUGUGAACUGGACGAUAGUUGUGCACGCUGCUGGAUGGCUUCGCUGUCAUGUAGGCUGCGACAGCCGUCCGCUUUGAUUGGGAUUAGUCACGCUCAUGAACCUAGAUCGGGGGACAGCAGUGUGGAAGCCUGACAGGAGUCUGGAACGCGUCAGCGGCAGAGUGUUCUGUCGGUUUGCCUGACGUAUCUCUGCGUUGGAGACACGGGUGGAGCCUCGUCGCCCAGACGCCCUCGUCGAGGGCUUCUGGCCGUUGUCCUAGUGUUGGUUCGGUCCCCAACCCUGCCGCGGUAACCAAUGUCGACUGUGAUCAGAUUUUUACAGCGUCACGCAGCGUGUGCGUCUCGUUCCAAAUUGGUGUAGAUGCAAUACACUGAGUGCGAAGCUCCAACAAGU